AUGGCGACGGUGCCCGUCAGCGAAGUCAAGAGCGACCACAGAAAUGUUACCCGCACUGCGGCGCAUUCGCACAUCAAGGGCCUAGGUCUCUCCAGCGAUGGACGCGCAACCCCUUCAGCAGGCGGCUUUGUCGGCCAAGCCUCUGCUCGAGAGGCAUGUGGUCUGGUCGUCGAUCUCGUAAAGGCCAAGAAGAUGUCGGGGCGAGCUGUGCUGCUUGCUGGCGGACCUGGGACGGGUAAAACUGCCCUGGCGCUGGCGGUCAGCCAGGAGUUGGGCACCAAGGUGCCGUUUUGUCCGAUUGUGGGCAGUGAAAUAUAUUCUGCUGAGGUGAAGAAGACGGAGGCGCUUAUGGAGAACUUCAGGAGAGCUAUAGGCCUUCGCGUCAAGGAAACCAAAGAGGUCUACGAAGGCGAGGUAAUAGAACUCACACCCGAAGAAGCCGAGAACCCGCUUGGAGGCUACGGCCGCACCAUCUCCCACCUCCUCAUCUCGCUCAAAUCUGCCAAAGGAACCAAGAAGCUGCGCCUCGAUCCGUCAAUAUACGAGGCGAUACAGAAGGAGCGCGUCCGUCUGGGCGACGUCAUCUACAUCGAGGCGAACACAGGCGCCGUCAAGCGCGUCGGACGAUCAGAUGCGUACGCGACCGAGUUUGAUCUCGAGGCGGAAGAGUACGUGCCCAUACCGAAGGGCGACGUGCACAAGAAGAAGGAGAUUGUGCAGGAUGUCACGCUGCACGAUUUGGAUGUGGCCAAUGCCAGGCCGCAGGGUGGGCAGGAUAUCAUGAGCAUGAUGGGCCAGUUGAUGAAGCCGAAGAAGACGGAGAUUACAGAGAAGCUGCGGUUAGAGAUCAACAAGGUGGUCAACCGGUACAUUGACCAGGGCGUCGCAGACCUGGUUCCUGGUGUGCUGUUCAUCGACGAGGUCCACAUGCUCGACCUGGAAGCCUUUACCUUCCUCAACCGCGCCCUCGAAUCUCCGCUCUCCCCUCUCGUCAUCCUCGCCUCGAACCGUGGCAACACGCAUAUCCGCGGUGGUUCCAACCUGCCCCCCUCCGCGCAUGGCAUUCCUUCCGACCUCCUCGCGCGCCUCCUCAUCAUCCCCACACACCCUUACGGCGGUGCAGAGAUCAAGUCCAUAAUCAGCACAAGAGUCACUACCGAGAAACUCAACAUCUCUGGCCCAGCAAAGGAUAAGGUUAGUACGCUCGGAGAGAAGAUCAGCCUGCGCUAUGCACUACAAUUGCUAGCUCCAGCGAGCGUGCUUGCAGAGGUGAAUGGACGCGAGAACAAGGAGAUCCAAGUCGACGAUGUAGAUGAGUGUCAGAGUCUGUUCUUGGAUGCGGGCCGGAGUGCGCAGAACUUCGGAGAGUCGAAUGGGUAUAUUGCAUAG